CCCAACCACAGAACCACAAGCUGGGAGUCCUCUGCCAUCCCCAGGGGUACCUGGGGAGGAGGGAGGCUUGGCUCCCCCGCCGUGGGGGAGGGGGCCCAGCUUGCCCUAGCUUGGGGAGGGGGUGCUGCUCUGUCUGCUUGGGGGUAAGUUUCAUUCAUUCCUCUGGGCCCUGGCCCCCCGCCUGGCCUGCCCGCUGCUGCCCGGGGGCCCCCCCCUCGCUGCCCGCUGCCGCCUUUGCUCUCGCCCCUUCCAUCACUAAUGAUAGUCUGCAUAUACUGCUGUUGAACACUCUGUGGCCAGACAUUCCUGUGGGACUGAGAACCCAAAUUCUUGGGUACAAAUAGGCAUUAGCUUCCUCUGGGAUCUCUCCCUCUCUUUCUCUCUUUUUUUUGCUCUUUUUCCUUUUUUUUUCUUUUUUUGUUGCCCCCCUUGCUUUUUUUUCAAAUUAUUUUCAAAAGUAGCAGAAAAAAAAAGUACCCCCCCCAGUUCCAAGCCAGCCCCAUCAAGGACUGAAUUCUCGCCUCCCUCAGACCAGAGCAUGGCGUCCAACAGUGUCUUUGAUUCCUUCACGACCUACUCGCAGCCCUUCAUUCGCGACCCGAGCACCAGCCGGCGCUUCACACCUCCCUCCACGGCCUUUCCCUGCGGCAAGAUGGGCGAGAACAGCGGGGCGCUGAGCGCGCAGGCGGCCGCGGCCAGGCCCGGCGGGCGCGCCCGGCCCGAGGUGCGCACCGUGGUGGACGUGCUAGCCGACCACGCGGGCGAGCUGGUCCGCACCGACAGCCCCAACUUCCUGUGCUCCGUGCUCCCGUCGCACUGGCGCUGUAACAAGACGCUGCCCGUGGCCUUCAAGGUGGUGGCUCUGGGGGACGUCCCCGAUGGCACGGUGGUGACGGUGAUGGCCGGCAAUGACGAGAACUACUCGGCCGAACUGCGUAACGCUUCUGCCGUCAUGAAGAACCAGGUGGCCCGAUUUAACGACCUUCGAUUCGUCGGCCGGAGCGGCCGAGGGAAGAGCUUCACGCUGACCAUCACGGUGUUCACCAACCCCACCCAAGUGGCCACCUACCACCGGGCCAUCAAGGUGACCGUGGAUGGGCCUCGAGAGCCGAGACGGCACAGGCAGAAAAUGGAGGACCAACCCAAGGCCUUUCCCGAUCGGUUCGGCGACCUGGAUCGGCUGCGGAUGCGAGUGACCCCGACCACUCCCAGUCCCCGGGGCUCCCUGGCCACCUCCACUCACUUCAGCACUCAGGCUACGGCACAAGGGACGUCCGACUUGAGCCCCUUCUCCGACCCACGCCAGUUUGACCGCUCCUUCUCCAGCCUGCCCGGGCUCCCGGAGCCCCGCUUUUCCGACCCCCGGAUGCACUACCCUGGGGCCAUGUCAGCAGCCUUCUCUUACACGGCCAACCCCUCCCCCACGGGCAUCGGGGGCCUCAGCAUGAGCAGCAUGCCGGCGGCCACGCGCUUCCACCACACCUACCUGCCCCCCCCCUACCCGGGCUCCAGCCAGAACCAGAGCGGGCCCUUCCAGACCAACCCCUCCCCCUACCACCUCUACUACGGCACUUCCUCCGGCUCCUACCAGUUCUCCAUGGUGGCCGGGGGCGAGCGCUCCCCCACCCGCAUGCUCUCCUCCUGCACCAGCGCCGCGCCGGGCAACAACCUCAUGAACCCCAGCCUGACCAACCAGAGCGACGGCGUCGAAGCCGACGGCAGCCACAGCAACUCCCCGACCGCCAUGACCACGCCUGGACGAAUGGACGAGUCCGUGUGGAGGCCGUACUGAGGGCGCCGAGGAGGGGGCCCGCGUGCGGGGGGCUGCGCGCCCGUCCCGAGGCCCAGGGGAACACACCGUGGGGGCGGGAGGGAAUGAAUUUCAUUUGCCGACUGUACGUAGGACCCGUGUUCCAAGACAGCAAAAGCUCCUGGGAUGGGAGCCCCGGAGAACUUGGCCUCUGCCGGCAAGGUGCCUCCCUGGGUUCAGCCUCCUGGAAAGUGGGGGGCUGGACCAGAAGACCCCCAUAUCUGACAUUCUAAGGUUCCUUCCACCACCACUCUUCUUCCAGCGUUCUAAGGCGCCCUUUGAUGUUCUGUGUCCUGAUGUUCCUUCCAGUUCUGUGUUCUGAGCAGCUCCCCAUCCUGUGGUCCAAGGCCCCGUCCUUCUCUAACCAGUAUUCCAAGGUCUCUAAUGUGAGUCCUCCCCCCAGAGAAGGCACUUUGCCCUGCCCGCCAACCUCAGGCUCUCGUGUUCCCUGUUCCCUUUCCCAAGCCCGAAUUCUGCCCUUCAGGGAGCGUCUGACCGCUUAGGACAGAGCCCCCUCCUUGUGAGCUCCCAGAACCGUGGCGCUUUCCAGGAGAGCCUUCCACCGGCUCCGCCUUGUGCCCCCCGAUACCCUCCCUCACCCCUUCCCUUGCUGGGCCCCAUCUCUCUCUCACAGCCUGGGAGGGGACUCUAGGUGACGUCAUUGGGCACAGCAGCUUUAGGGGGAUCCAGUUCCUGUGAGGUCGGUCCAGGGCUUCCUCCCUUGGGACAGAGAGCCAGAGGAGGUCAUUGAUGGGAAGGUCUCCCCGACACAUUUCCUGGUGGGGACAGCAGCAUCAGCCACAGGCCCCGGGCCAGCUCUUGGUGAGCCCCGGGCUCCCACCAGCCCCACGCCAUCCUCCGAGAGGCUUUCCCAGAGCCCCUGGGGGUGCAGGGUGCCAUCGCCGGCCCCCUCCAGGGAGACGAGGCUCUGGGGGUCUGGUGAAGGGGCGCGGGAACUAGGGGAAGUUUGUGCAUUUGAGCAGGUGAAGGGGACUGGGCAGCAGAAGCAGAGUUAGAGAUCUUUCUCCCCAACAUGGCGCGCUCAGGGAAGCACAGAGAUGCUGGGCUGGAGACUGGAAAGCUCGGGAGCGUGAUGCAAAGUCAGCUCAGAGCCAGACGUCCCCCAGACUUCAGCUUCUUCUUUGGAAUAAGCAUGACCUUCAAGGUGCUUUUUCCACCUGAAAUCCAUUACUUUUAUGUUAUCUAAGGUCCUGACAUUUCUGCUGGCUCCCAUUCCCCACCUCCCAGCACUAGCAUUCUGUUCUAAGCACUAUUGUAAGAGUUCUUACCUCUGCAACAUGCUAGCAUUCAAGUCACAUCCCAGGCCGUCAUUCUAGCUCUCAAUUCUUCUGAAUUGAGGUUCUGACAUUCUGGGUUCUAACAUCCUCUGUACUCAGGUCUUUCCCAGUUCUUAAUUCUGUGUUCUGCAGAUCUUCCCUGUUCUAACGAUUACUGUUCUCAGGUCUCUUCCAGCUCUGACAUUCUCUGUUCUAAGGGCCCUCCCAACUCUGACAUUCUAUGUCCUAAAGAACCCUCUAGUUCUGAAGUUCUGUAUUCUAAAGGCCCUCCGAGUUCUGAAAUUCUAUUCUAAGAACCCUCCCAGUUCUGACAUCCUGGUUCUAGGGGCCCUCCCAGCUCUGACAUUCUGGGUUCUAAGAGCCCUCCCAGCUCUGACAUCCUCAUUCUAGGGGCCCUCCCAGCUCUGACAUUCUGGGUUCUAAGGACCUUCCCAGCCCUGACAUCCCAUGUUCUAAGAGCCCUCCCAGCUCUGACAUCCCAUGUUCUAAAGCCCCUCUCAGCCCAGUUUCCUCUGCCCCAAUUCUCUGGUGCAGUCAGUACCAGGUUCUUUUGAUAUAGAAAAUGACUGUUAUGUGAAAAGGAUUUGGGAAGAAAAAAGCUUCUUGUGCAGAACCUAUUCAUUGUCUCAAGUUUGCUGUAAACAGAUAAGAAAGCACUUAUUACUCUGAACUGUUUGUUGGAAUGUGGAAUUCAUUUCUAAUAGGAAAAAAAAAGAAGAGACACUUGGUUGUUCCAAGCUUUAUUGCAGUCGGAUUGUCAUCCCCUCUGCCGCCAGGCUCAUGGCCAUUUGCCCAUAGAAAAGCCUCCUGUGGCUAUAGGUGAUCCCUAUAUCACCUAAAUUGUGCCCUGUUUACCUUCUUGCUCUCUUCCCUAGAGACUUAGUCACCACCUUCUCAAUGACCUUUUCUCCAAACAUUCUGACCCUGACCCUUUGAAAAAGGACCACCUCCUGUGACCAUCCUGUCAGAGCCCCUGGUUCCUGACCAGCCAUAAAGACAUCCCCAGAAAUAGAAACUUCCCAUCAGGCUGUGAAUCACACAGUCCCUGUGCAGUUCCAUACUCCCAUCAGCCAGUCCAACUGAGGCAGGGUCUCAGACCUGGUCCCCACUUAGAAAGAAGGUAGAACAGGGCAGCAGAAAAGGGAGGAAGGGUCCACAUCUGCUGAUGGCAAGGCAAAGGAUCCCCCACCAUUCCUGUGCCCCUGUCUUUUGGAAACUUCCCCCCUGCUCUCCCCCCCCCCCCCAUUCCUUGUUGGGUGGUAAAAAUAGGCUUUGCACUGUCAUUCACUCGAAUGUCCGGAGUAUUUUUAAUGCUUGUAUGGUAAGCCUGGGUCUGCCUUCUGUACUAUUUAAUGGUCAAAUCUGAAUUUGUUGUACUUGUUAUAAUAAUAUAAUUCUGAGAGAUAUUGAAAUAACCUGUCUUAAAGCCA